AUGAGGAUUCUUCAGCAGUCACAGUUGGACGUGUAUCCAAACCUGAUAGCUCGACUUCCGAAACACUUGACCACAGGCAAUGGUGAACAGCGGGCAUCCCAGCAAAGCAUGCUCCAACUGCCGGAAAAGGAAGAUCAAGUCAGAUACGUGCAUAACACUUUUGUCAGUGUGAUCAAAGAAGACCGGCAUGCACCCAAUGCGUCAGGGCUGACUGGCCUUGCCCGGGCUAUCGGCCUGAUAUCGACCUCUUUCUUCGCGAUGAGACCAAACGCGUCACCCUAUCAGCUGAAUAUAGACGUCGUGACCCGGGCAGUGUCGUUCUUUUUCUCCCAGUAUGUCCACCAACCUCCAACACCUUGUGGGAAAUUUCAACCUGGGUCAUUCCAAUAUCUCCCGUCCCUGUACGCCCGAAGUCGACCAGAUGGACCCCUGGUUCCGAUCGUCCAUGCGGCCGCGCUCGCCAGUUAUGCCAAUGCGGGAAACGUCCCCCGCUGGACACUGGAAAGCUACCGAUUGUGCGGGCUGGGUAUCCUGAGAUGUAGGCAUGCACUUGGAAAUCUAGUCGAGAGAAAGUCAAACGAUGUUCUUGCCAGCAUCAUGCUGCUAGGCGUCUAUGAGACUAUUGCCCUCAAGGGGACACAAGCCAUGAAGACAUGGAGUCAGCAUAUGCUUGGCGCAGCGGCAGUGAUUGAUUCCCGUGGCCCGGGUCAGUUUCACGAUAGAUCUAGCGUUCAGAUCUUCCUGCAGAUUCGACGCCUCAUAGUCCUCUCCGCGUAUCAGCUACAGCAACCGGUGCCCUUUUCCUUGAAAAAGUGGUCAACCUGGCUAGAAUACGCCAGUGUUGGUGAAGAUUACGAGGUUGUUUACCUCGCCAACCGGCUUUCCGAAAUAGUUGAGACGCUUGCAUCUGUCAGGGCCUUUAUCAAAGCAUCCAAGACUCGAGAGACAGGGGACAUCUCUUCUAUGCUUUUGCCAAUCGACUUGAUGCUUCAAAGCUGGCGGAAUCAGCUCCCUACGUCCUGGUUGCCCGUACCUCGUCCUGCCUGCCGUUGUGAGGACUGUUCCUCGCGCAGUCAUUUUGAAGGCAUGCCUUUUGAUGCCUAUCCCAAUCUAUAUGUCGCCUCGCUUUGGAACAAUUAUCGUGGUGCACGCAUCCUGGUUCACGAAAUGCUAUUAUCCACCGCAACUUCCUCUUCCAUAACAGCCAUAAUGGACGACAAGGAAUUAUGCCCAACCAUCAACCUAUUGCGCCAGAUGAGCACUGAAAUUUGCCUCAGCGUCGACUACCAUCUGAGACCAAUUCCGGAUGACUCGUUUUCCGGCUCCGUUGGACACUUGAAAGGAAUAGUUACACCCUCAAUCCCAGGUGGCGAACUCCUCAUCUGGCCGCUCUUCAUGGCUGGAAUGUUGCCUACGACAAUCCCAGCACGAAGGAUGUGGAUAUCGGAUCACCUAAGGCAGAUUGGGGCCAACCUAGGCAUUGGACUGGCGCUUUCAAUGAGCCAGGCUAUGGACAACAAGCGGGACACAACUCCCUUUUCUCACAGCGAGCUGUGGGCACGGCAGCCCUUUGACAUCAACGAUGUCGGCCAGCGAAAGACCACUGACUGCUAUUGCUCAGUUGAGAGGCACAGGCAAGCUGACAACCCAGACUCAAUUGAGAUUGUCGACAAUAUGCUUCUCUCAGUACUUUUGGCAUCCAUUGUUGCCUUCGGGGGUACUGCCCAAGGCCUCAAGUUGCCUAUCGUCGACCUUGGGUAUGGACUACAUCAAGCAAUAGGAUACAAUGAUACUUUGGACUUUUAUAACUUUUCCAACAUUCGAUACGCUCAGCCUCCGACGGGUCGUCUUCGCUUCACGGCGCCCCAGUCUCCUUUAGUAAACAGAACUCUGCAGGAUGGCAGCUCCGGAGGUACCUGUCCUCAAGCAUACCCUGUCUGGUACCUCUGUGGGCUGGCUCUGCUCGGUGGCUCCAUCAACUCCACCGAUGCCUGCGAUGCUAGCCUCAUUCCCAAACCCGACCCUACAGAACAAGAGGACUGCCUGUUCCUCGAUGUCAUAGUCCCGAAAGAGGUCUUCGCAAAUGCCAGCAAAGAACAUGCUAAAGGAGCGCCGGUGAUGGUUUGGGUGUACGGAGGUGGGUUCACUUUCAGCAAAAAAUACGAGGACGGGAAUCCUGCCGGGCUCAUCCAGAGAAGUCGGGAAGAAGAUGCGGGUGGCAAAGGCGUUGUCUACGUCACAUUCAAUUACAGGGGUGGUGCCUUUGGUUUUCUGUCUGGGCCCAACAUUCAGUCCUACGGAACCGCCAACGCUGGCCUGCUUGAUCAGCGCAUGGCUCUUGAGUGGGUGCAACAGUACAUCCACCUCUUCGGAGGCGACCCGAAACAGGUUACUGUAUUCGGACAGUCAGCUGGAGCAGGUUCCAUUAUGCACCAGAUCACAGCAUAUGGCGGUCUGAAAGGGCCAGCGCCUUUCCAGAGGGCGAUCCUACAGUCACCCGGGUUCGAGCCAUUCCCCAGCCACUGGGAGCAGGACCAUCUGCUGCAGAGGUAUCUGGGGCUCCUCAACGUGUCGACGAUUCAAGAAGCACGCGAACUCCCCUUCGCCGCGCUCUCUGCCGCCAAUGUGGAGCUCGUCGCCACUUCACCGUACGGAACGUUUACAUUUGCCCCGGCGGUCGACGGAGACUUUGUGCCGAGCUUACCAGGCAAUCUGCUGGCGCAAGGGAACUACGACACAUCGGUGCAGCUGAUGACGGGCUUCAACGCGCACGAGACGCUGUACUUCACCAACCCAGCCAGUACCAACAACUCCAUCUUCCUGUCCAGCAUCACCAGCACGUUCCCAGGCAUUCAGGCCUCGGUCGCAGACUAUGUGGCCCAGACCCUCUACCCUCCGGUCUUCAACGGGAGCUAUCCCUACAGCUCGUUCUACGAGCGCGCCGAGCUCACGCUGCAGGAAAGCGCCUUCACUUGCAACACCUUCUUCCUUCAAACGGCGGGAGCCCUCGAAGUCAAGUCGUCGACAAAAGCGGGCUACGGCUACCGCUUCAGUGUCCCGCCCGCUUACCACGGCCAAGACGUCGCUUACACGUACUACAACCCCUCGACGGCCGGGCCGAGCGUGAACGCCACCAUUGCCCUGUUCAUGCAGCGGGUCUUGACCCGGUUCGCCCUGACUGGGAACCCAAAUCGCGAGAACGAUGCCGCGUCGACCACUACCAUGCCGGCAUAUUUCUCUCACCAGACAACAUCAGGGGCGGGUCAAAUCCUCGACCUGAACGUGACAGGUUUGAAUGUGAUUGCCGAUCCCAACGACAAUGACCGCUGUCUCUGGUGGCAGAAAUCGCUUUACUACUGA